GCCUCUCUCGACACAGCGACCGCAAGAAAGCGUCCAAUGCGCCGAUAACAGUGGAACGGAACGAUGUCGUGCGGUGUAGAUAGCCAGCCACCCGGAUGUGGGUAUAUGAACUGUCCUCUCCCAUAUCUUUAACGCUCCACUUCUCGAACUCUCCGAAAGCCAGCAAACUACGAUGAAGGUCAAUGCUUUGGUACUGCUGUCAUGCACGGCGCAAGCGUUCGGGGCGGCGGUAGACGAGCGAAGGGAGUUGGUCUCGUCUAAGAAGCUUCAAGACAAGAUCACGACCCAAAAGCUUAUGGGCAACCUAGAGGCUCUUGACUCUAUUGCUAAGGCUAACGGUGGCAACCGUGCCUUUGGUCUCCCGGGAUACGCUGCCAGCGUCAAGUACAUCCUUUCGAAGACCGAGAAGCUCAAGAACUUCAGAACCUGGGUUCAGGACUUCCCUGCUUUGUACAACUCAGUCGAAUCUAUCGAGUUUUCCGUCAGCAACACGUCGUAUCACGUAAUUGGCCUGUCCUACUCUCCAUCGACGACGCCGGAAGGAUUGACCUUGCCUCUGGUUCUCGGCUCCUCUGGCCCUGCGGGAUGCACCAAUGAAUCCUAUGAUGGCUUGGACGUUGCGGGCAAGAUCGUGCUUGUGCAGCGUGGAACCUGCCCCGAUGGCACUACGCUUGCUGGUCGUGUCAAGCCUGCGGUUGCAGCGGGAGCUUCUGCUGUUAUCAUCUACAGCGAUGUGACGACCAACGUGACAGGCGGUACUCUUUCAGCGCCAAACCCGGAGGCGUACCGUCCGGCAGGCUACAUCAACAAAGUUGAUGGCGAGGCUCUCGUAGCCCGUAUCAACGCUGGUGAAGCGGUCGAAGCAUACUUCCAGCAGACGCAGACCGUCGAGACCAGGGUCACUCAAAACGUUUUCACCGAAACUAAGGGUGGUGACCCUACCAAUGUCAUCAUGUUGGGUGCUCAUUUGGACAGCGUGCAAGCUGGAGCCGGAAUCAACGAUGAUGGUUCUGGAACGACGUUGAUCCUUGAGGUUGCUAGGGCACUUGAGAAGUAUGCAGUUAAGAACAAGGUCCGGUUUGGAUGGUGGGGUGCAGAGGAGAAUGGUCUUCUUGGCUCGAAGUUCUACACCCAGAACCUCAACACUACCGAGGCAAAUAACAUCUUGACAUACCUGAACUUCGACAUGGUCUCUCGCGGUUAUUUCGGCGUCUUUGAUGGCGAUGGCAGCACCUUCAACCUUUCCGGUCGCCCUGGUUCUGAUGCCAUUGAGAAGUUGUUCGUUGACGACUUCACCAAGAAGGGCAUCAACGUCACUGCUGCUCGCUUCACUGGUGGUAGUGACUACCAGUCUUUCAUGAACAUUGGAAAGCCCGUGGGAGGACUGCACACUGGAACUGGUGUCGAGCAGGAUCCUUGCUACCACCAAGCUUGCGAUACCAUUGACAACCCCAACCCGCAGACCCUUACCAUCAACGCCAAGGCUGCUGCACACGUUCUCUCGAUCCUUGCUACAAAGGGAACCGAGAUCAUCCCGAAGAGCCCCGCAAACGCUACCAUGCUGACGUCAAGGAGCUUGGGAGGUUUUGAGCUGCCCUGGACCGUGCCUGCUGAUGGAGAGAGGCACUUGUUGACUUGUGGCGAGGAAGUGUAAAGGCUGAGGCACCAUGGUUAAUAAAAUGGGUGGCAUUUACGAUGAUUAUGAUUAUAUUAACAAAGCCUCUCCGGCGAUGGUGUAGUAGUACGAGAAAAAAAC